UUGUAAAUUCACGUGUCAUGUAUCCAAGACUCCAAUUCUAAACCACUGUUUUCUCUUGUGCACUUGUCGUCGUCACAUCCUACACCCCUAUUUAAGAUUAUUUGUAUUACUCUCUCUAGAAGUGGUCCUAGCUCUCUAUAUAACACCAUUUCUUCUCCGUCUUUCUUCUCCCUUUCUUUCGACAAGCACAAACAAAGCCAUCAAGAGAAGAGAGCCUUUUCUUGGAUUCAGAUACACAAGAAUAUUUUUCAAGUCAAAAUGUCGUCUAGCAGAAGGUCGAGACAAGCAAGCUCAUCAUCAAGAAUUAGCGAUGACCAGAUCACUGAUCUCAUCUCAAAGCUCCGACAGUCCAUUCCGGAGAUUCGCCAGAACCGUCGUUCCAACACGGUAUCAGCGUCGAAAGUGUUACAAGAGACUUGCAACUACAUAAGAAACUUGAACAAGGAAGCCGAUGACCUCAGUGAUCGAUUGACUCAGCUUCUGGAAUCCAUUGAUCCUAAUAGCCCACAAGCCGCCGUUAUUAGGAGCUUGAUUAAUGGAUAAUAUUAUAAGUUUAUUAGUUGUGCUUAUAUAAGCUUAAAAUCUCAUUGAGAGGUUGAUCCAUCUAUCAGGGUGUUGCAUAAUUAUAUAUCUAUUAUGUUUCUUAUAUAUUAUUUACAAUCCUAGCUAGCUAGGGUUCAUAUUUUGACCCUCUUUUGGUUUAACAUCAUGCAUGCAACCAUUAAGCUUAAAUUAUAAUAAAUAAUAUUCGAGCAAUUAUUUAA